AUGGAUGGUGACCCCAAACGGAGACGGCUGGAUCCUCCUGAAGAUGCCCUGCACGACUACUUCCAUGUUCCACGCCGGCCUCUACUGCAUCCACCGCUCGGCGCGAGCCUCGCUCCACGGCUUCAUCCCAUGGAUGGCACCGGACCCUUCCAAAGGUGCGAGCCUGCGCCGGUCAUCCGACAUCGGCCUGAAGACUCGUGGCCUCCGGGACCGCGCUACCGCGUCCAGUGUGUCCUGGGCAAGGGAACCUUUGGCACAGUGUGCAAGGCAGUGGAACUCCGCAGCCAACGGACGGUUGCAAUAAAGACGGUGGCCAUGAGUGGGGCCGGCAGAGAGAUGGAAGUUCUUCGUCGCCUCAAUGGUAGCCCUAAUGUGGUGCUUUUACUCGGAAUCUUCGAGGGUGCAGAGGAGGUGCGAACAGUAAAUUUCGUCUUGGAGUAUAUGUCAGACACUUUGGGGCGCAUCAUCAAGCACCAUCGUCAGCAGGGUUCGGAGAUGGAUUUCCACCGUGUUCGUGUAUACAUGUACCAGCUGCUCCGAGGGCUGGACAGCUUGUACAGACACGGGGUGGUACAUCGGGACAUCAAGCCUGCAAAUUUGCUUGUGGACCCGCGGAUGUACACCUUGAAGGUGUGCGACUUUGGCACGGCCAAGUGGGUCAAUACAUCCGAGGUGUCACAAGCCUACGUUUGUUCGCGUUUCUACCGUGCCCCGGAGCUCAUUCUGAGCGCGCGCGAACACACCUCGAGCGUGGACAUGUGGGCUGCCGGUUGCGUGCUUGGGGAGAUGCUUCUACGCCAGCCGCUUUUUGCUGGGAAGGAUGGGAUCGACCAGCUUUACAAGAUCAUUGAGAUCAUGGGGACCCCAACCGCGCAGCAGCUCUAUGCGAUGAAUCCCUACUACGAUGCCGGAGCCGUCUUCACGCAAGUCCCGCCCUUGAAGUGGAGCAAAGUCCUGCGGGAUCGUUGGAGCGCAGAGGCUGAGGAGCUUCUGGCUCACAUGCUUCAGUUUGACCCAAAAAAGCGGCCGCGCCCGAUGGAAGCUAUGGCUGCUCACUUCUUCGGCGAGCUGCGCCGGCGGCCGAAGAGUGUUGCUGCAGACUUCUUCAAUUUCACGGACCAGGAAAGGGCCAGCUGUCCUCCAGAGAUCUUCAAGAACCUCAUGCCACAGAGGUAG